GGGGCGGAGCAGGGCCCGGGAGCCGAGCAGCCUGGCAACGGCGGUGGCGCCCGGAGCCCGAGAGUUUCCAGGAUGGCUUCUGCAUCAACUUCUAAAUAUAAUUCACACUCCUUGGAGAAUGAGUCUAUUAAGAGGACGUCUCGAGAUGGAGUGAAUCGGGAUCUCACUGAGGCUGUUCCUCGACUUCCAGGAGAAACACUAAUCACUGACAAAGAAGUUAUUUACAUAUGUCCUUUCAAUGGCCCCAUUAAGGGAAGAGUUUACAUCACAAAUUAUCGUCUUUAUUUAAGAAGUUUGGAAACGGAUUCUGCUCUAAUACUUGAUGUUCCUCUGGGUGUGAUCUCGAGAAUUGAAAAAAUGGGAGGCGCGACAAGUAGAGGAGAAAAUUCCUAUGGUCUAGAUAUUACUUGUAAAGACAUGAGAAACCUGAGGUUCGCUUUGAAACAGGAAGGCCACAGCAGAAGAGAUAUGUUUGAGAUCCUCACGAGAUACGCGUUUCCCCUGGCUCACAGUCUGCCAUUAUUUGCAUUUUUAAAUGAAGAAAAGUUUAACGUGGAUGGAUGGACAGUUUACAAUCCAGUGGAAGAAUACAGGAGGCAGGGCUUGCCCAAUCACCAUUGGAGGAUAACUUUUAUUAAUAAGUGCUAUGAGCUCUGUGACACUUACCCUGCUCUUUUGGUGGUUCCAUAUCGUGCCUCAGAUGAUGACCUCCGGAGAGUUGCAACUUUUAGGUCCCGAAACCGAAUUCCAGUGCUGUCAUGGAUUCAUCCAGAAAAUAAGACGGUCAUUGUGCGUUGCAGCCAGCCUCUUGUCGGUAUGAGUGGGAAACGAAAUAAAGAUGAUGAGAAAUAUCUCGAUGUUAUCAGGGAGACUAAUAAACAAAUUUCUAAACUCACCAUCUAUGAUGCAAGACCCAGCGUAAAUGCAGUGGCCAACAAGGCAACAGGAGGAGGAUAUGAAAGUGAUGAUGCAUAUCAUAACGCCGAACUUUUCUUCUUAGACAUUCAUAAUAUUCAUGUUAUGCGGGAAUCUUUAAAAAAAGUGAAGGACAUUGUUUAUCCUAAUGUAGAAGAAUCUCAUUGGUUGUCCAGUUUGGAGUCUACUCAUUGGUUAGAACAUAUCAAGCUUGUUUUGACAGGAGCCAUUCAAGUAGCAGACAAAGUUGCUUCGGGGAAGAGUUCAGUGCUUGUGCAUUGCAGUGACGGAUGGGACAGGACUGCUCAGCUGACAUCCUUGGCCAUGCUGAUGUUGGAUAGCUUCUAUAGGAGCAUUGAAGGGUUCGAAAUAUUGGUACAAAAAGAAUGGAUAAGUUUUGGGCAUAAAUUUGCAUCUCGAAUAGGUCAUGGUGAUAAAAACCACACCGAUGCUGACCGUUCUCCUAUUUUUCUCCAGUUUAUUGACUGUGUGUGGCAAAUGUCAAAACAGUUCCCUACAGCUUUUGAAUUCAAUGAACAAUUUUUGAUUAUAAUUUUGGAUCAUCUGUAUAGUUGCCGAUUUGGUACUUUCUUAUUCAACUGUGAAUCUGCUCGAGAAAGACAGAAGGUUACAGAAAGAACUGUUUCUUUAUGGUCACUGAUAAACAGUAAUAAAGAAAAAUUCAAAAACCCCUUCUAUACUAAAGAAAUCCAUCGAGUUUUAUAUCCAGUUGCCAGUAUGCGUCACUUGGAACUCUGGGUGAAUUACUACAUUAGAUGGAACCCCAGGAUCAAGCAACAACAGCCGAAUCCAGUGGAGCAGCGUUACAUGGAGCUCUUAGCCUUACGCGACGAAUACAUAAAGCGGCUUGAGGAACUGCAGCUCGCCAACUCUGCCAAGCUUUCUGAUCCCCCGACUUCACCUUCCAGUCCUUCGCAAAUGAUGCCCCAUGUGCAAACUCACUUCUGAGGGGAACCCUGGCACUGCAUUAGAGCUCGAAAUAAAGGCGAUAGCUGACUUUCAUUUGGGGCAUUUGUAAAAAUUAGAUUAAAAUAUUUGCCUCCAUGUAGAACUUGAACUAACAUAAUCUUAAACUCUUGAAUAUGUGCCUUCUAGAAUACAUAUUACAAGAAAACGACAGGGUCCACACGGCAAUCAGAAGAAAGGAGCUGAGAUGAGGUUUUGGAAAACCUGACACCUUUAAAAAGCGGUUUUUGAAAGACAAAAUUUAGAUUUAAUUUAUGUCUUGAGAAAUACUAUAUAUACAAUAUAUAUUUUGUGGGCUUAAUUGAAACAACAUUAUUUUUAAAUGAAAGGGGAAAUAUGUUCAUGGAAUGGAUUUUCCUGAAGCUGCUUAGCAGUUGCUUUGGAUUAUCUAAAAUGAAUCCAAAUGUGAAAGAUGCAUGUUACUGCCAAAACCAAAUUGAGCUCAGCUUCCUAGGCAUUACCCAAAAGCAAGGUGUUUAAGUAAUUGCCAGCUUUUAUACCGUCAUAAGUGGUGACUUAAGGAGAAAUAGCUGUAUAGAUGAGUUUUUCAUUAUUUGGAAAUUUAGGGGUAGAAAAUGUUUUCCCCUAAUUUUCCAGAGAAGCCUAUUUUUAUAUUUUUAAAAAACUGACAGGGCCCAGUUAAAUAUGAUUUGCUUUUUUAAAAUUUGCCAGCUUUAUUUUCUAAAUUCUUUCAUGAGCUUGCCUAAAAUUCGGAAUGGUUUUCGGGUUGUGGCAAACCCCAAAGAGAGCACUGUCCAAGGAUGUCGGGAGCAUCCUGCUGCUUAGGGGGAUGUUUGCGCAAAUGUUGCUCUAGUCAGUCCAGCUCAUCUGCCGAAAUGUAGGGCUACCGUCUUGGAUGCAUGAGCUGUUGCUAGAGCAUCACCCUUAGAAAUCAGUGCCCCAGAUGUACAUGUGUUAAGUGUAUUCUUGAAAGUAUUGUGUUUAUGCAUUUCAAUUUCAAUGGUGUUGGCUUCCCCUCCCCACCCCACGCGUGCAUAAAAACUGGUUCUACAAAUUUUUACUUGAAGUACCAGGCCGUUUGCUUUUUCAGGUUGUUUUGUUUUAUAGUAUUAAGUGAAAUUUUAAAUGCACAGUUCUAUUUGCUAUCUGAACUAAUUCAUUUAUUAAGUAUAUUUGUAAAAGCUAAGGCUCGAGUUAAAACAAGUGUUUUACAAUGAUUUGUAAAGGACUAUUUAUAACUAAUAUGGUUUUGUUUUCAAUGAAUUAAGAAAGAUUAAAUAUAUCUUUGUAAAUUAUUUUAUGUCAUAGUUUAAUUGGUCUACCAAGUAAGACAUCUCAAAUACAGUAGUAUAAUGUAUGAAUUUUGUAAGUAUAAGAAAUUUUAUUAGACAUUCUCUUUUUGUAAAUGCUGUAAAUAUUUCAUAAGUUAACAAAGUGUCACUCCAUAAAAAGAAAGCUAAUACUAAUAGCCUAAAAGAUUUUGUGAAAUUUCUUGAAAACUUUUUAAUGGCAAUAAUGACUAAAGACCUGCUGUAAUAAAUGUGUAACUGAAACCUAA